AUGUCAGACCACUCGCUGCAAGCCUGGGUUGCCGUGCUCGUUGCCACUUUGGGUUUCGGCUCAUUGUACGUGCCUGUCAAGAACUACGAGAUCUAUGACGGCCUGGUCUAUCAGUGGUUUCAGUGCUGUGGCAUACUUCUAGCUGGUCUGAUCAACGCAUGUUGCCGCAACGACUGGGAGGCGGCUGGCCGCAGUUCACCGGGCUUCUACGUUUGCAAAGAGGGCCUUCUGUCGGGCCUCUUCUUUCAGCUCGCAAAUGUAUUGGCCACGCAGUCAGUCAAGUCUUUCGGCAUGACCAACUACUUCACCACACAGAAGGUGACCAAUUUGGGUGGUGCGCUGUUUCUCGGCUUGUGCGGCAGCCAGCUCGGUCUCCCCUCUGAGCCACCGCGAAGUCCAGCGAAGGCCAUCGCAGGAAGCGUGUGCGUGGUGGUAGCAAUGAUCCCAUUGGCAUUUACGAAGCUUGAGGACAAAGGAAGUCAAGACAAGCUGCUGCCUCCCGUGUCACCCGCACCGCCAAAGGACAGGAGGCCACACAUGAUACCUCCACAUCAUGCUGACAUGGGGGGCUACCUCAUGCUGGAGGACGAUGCUCAGGAGGAGGACGCUUCUGGCGACAUGGAUGUGACUCGCAGGCGCUAUGUUAUGUCGCCCGCCCCUGCUGGGACGCGCAAGCAGUCUGGACGUGCAGGAUGGUUUAUCGGUCUGGCUUGGUCGCUACUGGCGGGGCUUGCUUUUGCAGUGAUAUAUGUACCGAUCCUACCCUGGCGGCACAGGAUGAAAGCGCAGGGUGCCUUAUGUUCGCCCUUUGAUUAUUUCCUUUCAAUCAGCAUUGGCCUUUUCAUGGCUUCAACUGCCUACAUGUUUGUUGGAGGCGCCAUGCGAAGGCUGCAGGGCAAGAAAAUGAUGAAGUCUGUCCUGCGACCUGCAUUGCUUAAUGGAAUGAUGUGGUCCGUUGCUAGCAUGGCACAGUUGUACGCCCUUGCGGAGAUGCCGUAUGCAGUGGCAUAUUGUCUUGUCUGUGGUGGAGAGGUGGCUGUCAGCCUGUUAUGGGGCGUCUGUGUCUUCAAAGAGGCAUCCACAGCGCACAACCUUAAAUGCACACUGUUGGCAUUCUCUGGUGUUGUGGUGGGCGUCAUCCUCGUGGCCUUAUCGAAGUAA